CCAGGAAGCUGAGCUCCGAGUGAAUUAAAUCAGCUGACUGACUUUAUCUCCCUCUAUUCAGAUGGAAUAUGCCUUUGGAGCCAGUUCUCCGGCAGCAACACUGAAGCAGGCAUUCUGUGCGCCGGAGUGGCUUAGGAAGGAGUCACAGCUAAAAGCAGGAGACUCAUUCUGACGGGGAGUAUGGCCUCCAACUUUAAUGAUAUAGUGAAACAAGGAUAUGUGAAAAUCCGCAGCAGAAAGCUGGGGAUUUUUCGACGGUGCUGGCUGGUUUUUAAAAAAGCUUCGAGUAAAGGUCCACGACGAUUAGAAAAAUUUCCCGAUGAGAAAGCAGCCUACUUCCGAAACUUUCACAAGAUAACUGAACUUCAUAAUAUCAAGAACAUAACCAGACUGCCUCGAGAGACGAGAAAACAUGCUGUGGCAAUUAUCUUCUAUGAUGAGACGUCAAAGACAUUUGCCUGUGAGUCAGAAUUGGAAGCAGAAGAGUGGUGCAAACUGCUGUGCAUGGAGUGCUUGGGUACGAGACUCAAUGACAUCAGCCUUGGAGAGCCAGAUCUGCUAGCGGCAGGAGUCCAGAGGGAACAAAAUGAACGGUUCAAUGUUUAUAUGAUGCCUACGCCAAACCUUGACAUCUACGGGGAAUGUACUAUGCAGAUCACACAUGAAAAUAUUUACCUCUGGGACAUCCAUAAUGCCAGAGUAAAGCUGGUCAUGUGGCCCCUCAGCUCGCUUCGACGGUAUGGAAGAGACUCAACAUGGUUUACAUUUGAAUCUGGCAGAAUGUGUGAUACAGGAGAAGGUCUAUUCACGUUCCAAACAAGAGAAGGAGAAAUGAUCUACCAGAGAGUUCAUUCUGCAACAUUAGCAAUUGCUGAGCAGCACGAAAGAAUGAUGUUAGAAAUGGAGAAAAAGGCACGGAUACAGAAGAAUUUAAAUGAAACCACGAUGACUCUAUCAAAAUCAAUAUCACUCCCACGCAGUGCAUACUGGCAUCACAUCACUCGACAAAACAGCGUAGCAGACAUCUACACUUUACAAGGUACCAGUUUAAGCAUGACCUUGGUUACCCGUGCACAGACCUUCCCCAGCUACAUAUCUGAACAGAGCAACGACAUCGAACAACAGCGACAAGGACAGAGGCAGCUCUGCCAGGAGCAGUCUCUACUGCCAUCUAGUGGCUAUGGCUCAAAGUACAAUAGCGGAUUCAUCCAAUGACAUGCACUGUGCGGGGAUGGGACUUUUCAGUAGCUGAUAGCGGUUGUGGGAACCAUGGGAUUUUUUUAAAAAAAAAAACAAUAACUGUUUGAACCAAGAGGCAUUAAUGGAAUUCUACUGGAUGGAGUUCUACUGCUUCUCCUUGAUGGAUGGAGUUUGACUGUUGUGGAAACCAGUGACGGAAAUGUGGUGUGCCAUCCAAAACAAAUGUCACGGUGGUCUAUUGGGUCUUCUCACGUAAAAGAGAACUAAAGUUACUUCUGUUACCUUAUUAAAGUGGUUUUUGGACAACAGGAUAAGCACCAUAGUAUCAUUUAGGCCAUUAGAACAAUUUGGUGUUUAUGAUCACUUUAGUAAAAUGACAAAGCUGAUUGGACAAGGCUUGUAUUAAGUACAUUUCUUCCAAAUUAACUAUUUAAUCAAGCUGUAAAAAAAAAGCCAAGAAUUAUAGCUAUGACUUGAUUCUUAAACCUGGAGAUAUUGUUAUAAUUAAUAUAACUUCAAGUAAGAAAAGCAAAAUAAAUAAUAUGCCUGACAUUCAAUAAAUGUUCAGUGU